AGCCGGUGAAAGAGGUUGGCAUACAUGACUAUACGUGUUAAAGAUUGAAUAAGCUCAAGUCCAGGAACAUAACGUAACCUAUUUUUUAAAUAAAUUCAUAAAUAAUAAGCGGUAAUAAUGUUGAGGUGGAGGCAAGCAGGAUUAAAUUACAUCAAUUAUUCACAAAUUUCUGCUAAACUUGUUCGACAUGCUCUAAAAGCAGAUUUGCAAGCCGAUGCUGAGAAACGAGAUCAAACUAAUGUCAAAUUUGUACAGUGGAAAGAUGGAAAACCACUUAGUAAGUAGAAGUAUUAUAUUAAUUUAAAUAUCACAUUAUUAA